GACCUCAGCAGGAAGUUCGUGUCUGAGUCGGAGCUCGACGAGAGGAGGAAGAAGAGGCAGGAGGAAUGGGAGAAAGUCCGGAAGCCCGACGACCCGGAGGAGGUCCCGGAGGAGGAGUACGACUCCCGCUGCCUUUAUGACCGGCUGCAGGAGCAGAAGGAGAAGAAACAGCAGGAAUUUGAGGAGCAGUUUAAGUUCAGAAACAUGGUGAGGGGUCUGGACGAGGACGAGACCAGUUUCCUGGACGAGGUUUCCCGGCAGCAGGUCCUGGUGGAGAAGCAACGCAGAGACGAGGAGAAGCAGGAGCUGUUGGAAUACCGAAGCGCUUUGGUCAAACAAGCGUCAGCAUCCGCGGACAGUCGGAGAGAAUCAGAAAAGAAGGCGGGGCCUAAACAGACGGGGGCGGAGCCAAAGACCAGCCACCUGUCUCAGGCUCAUUUAUUAGUGGGAGCUGUGAAGAGGCGCAGCUCCUCGCAGUCGUCAGACGGCGGCAAGAAGCCGAGGGUGGAGAACACGAGAGGAAUUGGAGACAGACUCGCAGAGGAGGAUGGAGGCAGCAGGGAAGCUGAGGACCGCCGAGCCGUCCCCGGCCUCACGGCGAAGACGCCGCCGUCGGCCGCCCACGGCAUGCUGCACCUGCCGUCGGCGGCCGUGUGCGUCGGCGUCUUACCGGGGCUGUCCGCGUACUCUGGCAGCAGCGACUCUGACAGCAGCUCAGACAGCGAAGGUAGCGUGGACGCAAUCAUGUCGCCGUAUCCGCGGCACAACAGGGCCUACAGAUAGACACACACUCACUCACCCACCCACCCACAGAAACACUAAGCGAAGCGCUCAGCUGCUGCUCCAUAGCCGCACAUCACUGUAAAAGUCCUUCAACUGUGGAUACAAGCAUUAAAAUUUGCUUUCAGCAGGUAAAUGGCAGCCAUCUUGAGCUAUCAAGAUGAGUACCAUUAUUUAAUAUUUGCAAAUUUAGUGCAAAAAUAAAAUUUCCUUGAUGAGCACCUUAAAAAACGGCAGCCAUAUUAAAUUUUUCAAGAUGGCUGCCGUUAUUAGAUAUUUGCAAAUUCUCCUUAAUGACCGUCUUGAAAAUUUGCAGCCAUCUUUAAUUUUCCAGUGGCUGCUGUUGUUUAUUUUUCUCUCCAAGAAUUAAUCCGCUGGGAUUAACUGUGCCAGUUCAGGUUCUUGUAUCUGCAUGUGAAAGAUUUUGCUGAAAUCUUGAGUUACCUGCUGCAGCUUGUAGAGGUGUUCACUCCGUUCCUCUCCCAGCUGUGAGUUUAACUGUUUCUCUUUGUCUCCAGACAAAGUUCAGCCCUAAAUCUCUACCUAAUCUGUGCAUCAUUUCAUGUUUUUUCAUCAACGUGGCUCUGAAAUGUGACUCCUUCCCUCGAUCACGUCUCACGCAGUUUAAGCCGACCCCCCUGACCACAGCGACUGCAGGCUGUGCUAUUGGCUGAGGGAACAGAGACUGACAGCUGUGGAGCGAAGAAGAGAGGCCGCUUUAGGACUCACUGUAGGAUUUUACGUUUGAUGUGUUUUAUCAUCAGAGGAAACUGCUUUCUGUCUCAGAUGUUGAAAUAUUCUGUGUUUACGGACAGAUUUGUGAGAGUGUGUGACAGAAUAACGGCGCUCCCUGAAACUGUCGUAUUGUAAUAAACUGAUUUAUCGAAUCAAUCGGA